AUCAACCAUCAGAAAGACCCGGCAACAGUAACGAUGGUGCUAAAGAAUAGUAAAUGGGAUAAGAAGGCGAAAUACAAGUUUAUGAAAAAACAUGGAAUAAAGCCAGCUACUCCAUCACAGCCUAAGGUGCAUACCAAGUGGACAUCCAAGAAACAGAGUGGUACUAGUAAUCGAAUCCUUCUAGAGGAUUCAGAUGAUGAUUGGGACAGUGAUGUUGAUGAUGCAUUGCUUGAACAUUUUUAUCCUCUGUUGAGUGACCAGGAAUUGACUCAUGAGCAGAAGAUCAAACUUAAGCAGCAGAUCAUGACUGAGAUCCAACAGCAAGAACAAGAAGAUAACGGAGAAGGAGAUAAGGAGGAUGAGGAAGAAGAACUAGACGGAAUAUACCUCGGCAGUGCUGAAAACCAAGAGAAGGAAAUGACACCUGCAGCUCCGGCCAAGUUCAAUCUUGAGGAGUUUAUAAACAAUGUUCAAGGCGGUAAGCCUAAGUCACGUAAACUUCUCCUGAAUAAAAUCAGUGAUAAUUUUCUAGAAGAAUAUGGAUUGGAGAGUUAUAACCAACUCAAAAAGGAUUCAGAUGAUUAUAAUGAUUUGUAUUAUGACAAACAGAAGGAAAAAAAUAAGAAUAUAAAGUAUAUUGACCCUGCUAAGUUGGAUGGAUUCAUAAUUGGGGAAUCCUCUCUUGAUGAGAGAAGCAAUGCCAAGAGUAGUAUUCGGGAGUUGACCCAGCAGGAGAAAGAACAAGACGAACAAAGAAAGAAAUUGGUUGAGGAAGAAAAGUUCUAUAGUCAAAUCAAGAGUAAGUUUGGCAACAAACAACCGCAGAACAAAGUCAUUGAAAUUAAUAAUUAUAGUGUAGACAACAAGUUGCAAUUGAAUGAUAAGUUGGUGAGAUCCGGUGGGAACGCUACUGCUGAUCUUGAUGAAGAUUUACUUGCAUUGGGUAUAACACCAGUAGGCAACGACAACUCGGUUGACGAUGUUGAUGCUUUGUUGAAUAACUUGGCAAUCAACAAACCAUUGACCGAACAAACAAAACCAAAACCAAAACUCAAUGAUUUAAAAAUUGAUGAUGAUGAUGAUGAUUUCUUAAAUCAGUUGCUAAAGUGAGGCAUAUAUAGAGAUAAGCAAAGUGUAUAGAAAAAAAAAACCAAUCAG